AUGGCAGACGGUGUUAUUGCUCAUGAAGAAGUAUUGAGACAUGUGUAUGCCUUUUUACAGGCAUACGGCUACAAAAAUACCCUUCUUGCACUGCAGAACGAGUCCCGAGUGCCAUUCAACACCAUAGAUGUUGUGGAACCGAAAGAACUUACCGAACAAAACGCUUCCGUGGCGUCUACAAGCCCUGCCGGUUUGGAGCGAUCUGUUCUUGAAGGGCAGUGGCACACGGUGCUAGCAAACUAUGUGGACUCUCUGUUGCUUCCCAUGGAAGUAUUGUUUGACUUGUACGAACACAUUUUUGUGGAACUUUUGACUCUGCAGGGCUUUGUACAUGCGGCAAGGGCUUUUUUCACAAACUCCCCGAUCUUUGUAGCCAUGAAAAAAUCAUCUUUGGCACGGUAUGCGCGUUUGCAGCAGUUAUUAGACUCUCACAAGAACAUUUUUUUAGAUGAAAUGAAUAAACAUGGAAAUGGAGGGGUGUCUAUUGAGGUGAAAGAAAAAAGGGAGACAUUAUUGAGGACGUUACAAGAAGCCAUCACUUGGAACACAGAGCCAUACAAUGGAUUUUUACCAGCGGCGCUAUGGAGGCUGCAAAAUGGUCUGGAUGGCAAUCAUCGCAGCACAAAAAACCCAUCAUUAAAGCGAGAACGACCCGAUGAUUUUUCGGCAUCAUCUUUGGUUUCUUCAGCCUUGUUUUUGCACUAUCCACUUCAAUGUCCAAAGAAUAUUCGACGUAAAAUUGUCUUUGACAAUGCCGAGAGACCCAUUUCGUGUGUUCAUACUUUGCUCCCAAAUGCGGUUGAUAAAGAGAAGAUGUUUACAGCCCUUAUUGUUGGCAAGACAGACGGGACGGUAGAUUUCUUAGAUGGGGAUUCUGCUUCAUCAGUGGGGAGCUCCGUUGGACAUACCGACGGUGUGUUGAGCAUUGCCCUUGAUGCUGCGGAGGAGUCUUCUGCGACAUGGGUUGCAGUGGGAUAUCGAGAUGGCUGCGUAAAAAUCUAUAAUGCGGAGACACGAAAGUUGGUACGUCGCUUUUCUCAGGUUCACACCAGUGGUGUGAAAUCUCUCGUCUUUGCAGGCGUACGAAAUCCUGCCCUUUCGGGGCACCACUCCUGGGUGGUUUCCGGUUCAUUCGAUGGUGCCAUUCAGUUACUAGACAUCCGUGAAGGGAAGUCCUUACAACGAAUAGCUGAUGCACAUCAUUCCAAUUAUGUGCUUUCAAUCUGUAUUUUGGCUGGGAAAACAGGUGGUCUUGUUACUGCUGGAAACAAUGGGACUCUUUGCUUUUGGUCCAUUUCUGCUACGGGGUUGAGGCAAGCUGGACCCGCCCGCACACUUCGAUCUAUUGAUGCAUCGUUAAAGGAGGCGAUUCCAACGCGUCUAUUGCCUGUGGAGGAUAAGGAGUCAGAAGGGGAAGUGCUGGUGCUGACACGUGGCCAACGUGCUCUGCUUUUAAGUGUUCGUUUCACGGAUGAUAUAACAAACCCACUCGUUAUUUUGAUGCGCAGCAGCAUCUGUACGCCUCGGCCAGUGUAUGCGGGCUGCGUACGUGUCAUUGAAACCCCUGCUCUCGCCGCCCCACUUCUCUCUCUUUUUCUCACAGACCGUGAGGGUACGAUCCUUCUAUAUAAUUUGGAGAUGUCGUGGAGGUUGGGUGGGGAAACGGCGGGCGGUGGAUGUCGGAUGGAGCUGCGUCCUGCUGAUGAGAGCUCUAUUGUGGUGGUGGACCAUGGGGAGAGGGUGGAGGAUUUGAAUCUGGUGAAUGUCCUUGGCAAGUCAAAUUCAUUGCUUGCCUUUUCCCCAUCCCUCUCCGCCAUGUAUCUUCUUUCCUGGAACUAA